AUGGAAGUACUUGAGAAACUGCUGGUCGUCUCGAAUGAUCAGAUCCAUUACAACAGAAAUGAAGCAUGUGAAAGCGGUGGGGACAAAGAACCCGGUCAAGCUGCUAGCGAAUUGGAUCUAAGCGCUUCAGAAGCUGACCCGGAGAAAGGGGCCCUCGAUCCCCCGGCAGCAGCUGCGGCGGGGGAACCCGUCUCUGGAGAGAAAACGGUUGCAGCAGAACUUCGGCAGAAGAGGCUGCGGUUGCCAUUCUCUGACACGGUCAUUAGUCUCGUGGUAUGGGAUAGACGAAAGGUUUUUCCGGAAGAAUCGGCAAACCAAACGUCCUCAUUGUCUACAGUGAAUUCGAAGCAGGAAUCUCUUUUCGAAGACUUCGCUCCGCAGUCAUGUAUUUCCUACACCCUGGCCCGUCUGGAUCAUUGGCGACAUACAAAGCCCGUCGCGUUCGCCUCAGUUCGUGCUCAGCUUCUACGCGAGCUUGCUUCCCGCAUCCACAUCCUCACUGGCGUGACCGCAGAUCCGUUUGAUACGCCGCACGAGAGCAAAGAGGCGUCGAGACCCGAGGAGAGCCUUGCCGAGGCAAGAGACGUUCUGGCGAAUGACGCAGAGGUGCAGCGAUUGCUCUCCCUCUACGGCCGUCUGCUCCAAUUCGAUAUUGAUAUGCUGCUUCCUGGGUCACAAUGGUGGAGGUUUCAGAGAGGGUACAGCUUAGAAGAGCACUCUCCGUUGCUGCUUCCCUUUUAUCCGUGGUCGACUCUUCUGCAAAGAAUUCGUAGAGUAAAAGGGAUCAAAUGUCUACGGCCGCCACUACGGUAUACUCAGGUGCAGCCGCAUCUCAAGCUUACUGUCGACAUUAUGCAUGUGUGUCUAACGGAUCACUACCUUUUCGGCAGUGAAGAUGUCUUGGCUCACGAUGUUCUGCGCCUUUACGAAGUCUACUGCUUUCUAAGCAAUUACCAAAGCGGAGAACAACUAACUACAAGGCUGCGCAGUGCAAUCCUCUACAGUGAGGAACAGCGUUCGCUUCCUCCCUCCGAGCAUCUCCGACGCCUUCUGGCCUCCUCAUUACUUUGUUCGGUUUCUUGCAAAAUCAACGGCCGGAAACUCCCUCGGAGAGCUCACGUGCCUCUGAAAGUCCCCACCUUCUCUUCAACAGCUAAUCACCUGUUACCCAGCCUUUGGGACUACGGGAAUACAGCAGACGUGGCCGGCUGCGGACGCAGCGCAGACGACGUGACUGCUGGACAUGACGCAGCAGGGGACGAAGAGCGUGCAGAGUUCUCUUUUGGGAUGCUUCUGACAGAAAGUCUUGAGGAACUAUCUUUCAGUGUGGAGCUACAUCAUGCAGGCUGCGCUGCUCCUCUAAAGACGACCGCUUCCGUUCCUAUUUCUCCUGAACUCACAUGCCUUACGCGCCCACCACCUCUUGCCCCAGUUGUAGAAUACAAGGAACUCUUUCCUUCGUCCGAGAACUAUUCCUCCAGUUCAGCGGCGCUUGCAUCUCCUGUCUCCAUUUACGUCGACGUUCCUUUCUCUUCCAGCUCGGAGUCACCGAACUGUGAGGGUGAGACAACCAAGCAGCAAUCGGUUCACUCCGUCAUCCCCAUCGACACGCCUUUCGAGCAAACUGGAGACACACAGGACCCGCUCCUGGCGUGCAGCCCCGCCGUAUCGCCUUCCCAUUGCGGAGCUCCGCGCCAGGUCGCGAACUCCUUGUCUGCUGGCAGAUCCCGCACGGAUUUGCUGCAAAUACCUUCCCUUUUCGGGCCGUUCUCGAGACGCGGGAGCAUUUUGUUUCAGAACACGCAGCUGAGAUUGGCUGUCCCGCGCUGGGACGAGGAAAUGGCUGCGGCAGCGCAGGGAGAAGCUGCCGCAGUUGCCGCCGCCAUGGCUGCCGAACUCGAGCAGGAGGCCUACCAAGCUGCAGCUGUCGUCGCAGCCGCCGCCGAGGCUGCGCGGCAAAUCGCCGUUCCGGAAGAGCCAGCCAAAUUCCCCUGGCUCUCACACCGAGACCCGCAUGGCGCAAACGCCCCCGUCGCCCACGAUCCGGACGCGCAUGCGACCCGGCGAGAAGGUCACGGCCAGAAACUGUUCAACAGGAAACUUAUCUCUAUCAAGCGACAGAGACGUGAGCUCGGGACCGAAGCCUCCCAGUCCCCUGCUGGCGUGGAACAGCCUGAUUCGGCAGCGGCUGCCGAGGAACACGUCCGGUCCUCCCCCCCAGCUGACCCUCGCGACAUGCUAACAGCGGAAGGGACCGCCGGGAAGACAGAGGCGACGUCUGGUCAGAAACUCAAUACAGCUGAGGCACAACCUGCCACUCCACUGGAUUCCGUGUCCCCUCAUCCAGGUGGAGAACACCGCCGACCCUCUCCGCCGACCUUCUCCGCCAACGCUAGUCACGGAGCUCCGCCCAACGACGCAGACGUGGUCCCUCAACAACUAACACCCCUAGGUGAAUCCGCCGUGAUCCGGAAUACACCUGUCGAGCGUGUGUUGCCAGCCCCUUCUCAGUCUCUCUCGUCUCCUCGACUCCCACGACCUAUUUACAACCCCGCCGCCACCGAUCCGGCGUUGGAUUCUUGGCCUGUGCGGCCCCACAUUGUUGCUUCCUCAGCAAGUGGAGCCACUCUGCCACCCCCCGCAGUUGUGCCGUCAGACAGCGUCCAUCAGGUUCCUGCACGAUCGCGACGGCUUCUCAGUUUCACGCGCGUCUCCAGUCGAGAAGACACCGAAGACGCCAGCACGUCGCGAAUUCCACUCAGUUACCUUUUUUCGAGGUCCAUUGAGGCCCCUGGUGGGUCGGGGCACAGAGACGACGCGCCUCCGUCUGUCGCGCUUGAAGACGCGGAGCGAGAAAGCAAGUCCCGACGAAAGCAUAAGUCGAUACCUACCGUGUCGUCGCACAUAUCCGGUCGAUCGCGCACCUCGGAGCAGCUUGCUGGCACCGUGGAUCGAGCCUCAGAGUAUCCCCGUUUGGGAUCCCAAGGUAGCGUAGGUCUCAUGAAGGGUGGCCUCAAGCUGCGAGUCACUCUCGCGCCUGUCCCACCCGGGGAAAGAGCAGCUGAGGCAUUAGUUGAAGGUUACGAAGCUCUGGUGUUGCGUCGUCAGCACCUCCGAGCUGCGGUCGAAGGAGAUGCGUCCUUAGUGACUCUUUAUCGCCAUUUGCCUACGGCUCCCGGAGACCUCUACGAUGCAAACCGUGCUGAGGAACGGGCAUACGCAGCAGCCGCUGCAGCCUCCGCUAUCGCAGCAGCGCCAGCUCCUGAGGCAGCUUACGCCUAUGGAACCUUGCAGCCGAGACGCCCGUCUCCGCAAUGCAAAAGAGUAGUGCUCCUGCGAGACAAGAAACAACAGGACUUUUUAGACACGAGGCUCGGGCGUAGCCGUCCCCUCGCAGCCUGCGUCCGUCUUCUUCUUCUGCUUCAGAGAAACGGAGGUUUCAGCGCCGAGAGGCACGGCCUCGUGGUUCCCUUGUUGGCUGCGUCCGCGGCGGCCUUCGUAGCUCCAGCUACUGUCGAACGGUUCCUCGACCAAAGCGCUGUCGAAGUCCCAGGUCUCGAUGCCGAGGCGGUGGCCUUGCUCCAGAGCAUGCAAAAGAAGACCGACGAGAAGAGUCGGUCGAAGCAGAGACUGUCAAGAGAGCAAGAAAUGAAACUCUUGCGCGAUGGGCCAGACGAGGACGAAGAAGAAUUGGACGAAGACGAUGCCAAUGCGGAAGACAUCUACACCCAGUUCCUUCGAGGCUUCCUGACCUCAGCAUUGCCGGUACAGGUCGGCGCUGUCCUCAAGUCAAGCUCUCACGUGGAUUUCCCGGCGAUCGUUAACGAGGUGGUACCCCGGCUCAACAUAAGCCUACUUUUCCAUCAGAUCAAAGCUUGCUGCUUCACCCACCGCUUGCUCGGCUUUAGCAGGUAUGUCGACGCCAAGGCAGCCCGGCGUCGGGCAACAGUCAUCGAUCAGGUGGAUGACAGAUCCAUAGGAAUUUUUGUGAAGGUUCGACGGCUGUACAAUGUGCCUCUACGUCUCGAACCACGAGAUUUGGGUCGGUGGCGUCACCGUCAUCGGGUCGGAGAUAUUUCCGCUUCGCUCGAUUCGCCUGCAGAUUUCUAUCUGUACAGUCCCAGAGCGCACUUGCAAUACAGCGCGCAAAGCCGGAGUCGCAGCGCUGGAGCCACGCCGUUCACGUUCAUUGGCCCGAGCCACACAGCGUAUGCAGAGGCGCUGCAACUGAGCAAUCCUGUGGUCGAGGUGAAGUACGUGAACCGAGCAAGGGGUAUUCAUGUUGCAGUGGCCACGAAGGCAGUAAGCGGAGAGAAUCCGAUAAUCAACCAGCUGGUGCACCUGACGCUUCCAAAAGUUUCUGGAGAAAAAGAGGCUCUAAUCGACUUGACAAAGCAGGACAGCUACCUGAUUCUGAAUGUCUUUGAUCACCAUCAACGUGAUGCUCCCCCGGCACGCCGCUUCCUCGGAUCGCUGGCCCUGCCGUGGAGUCUCAUCAUCGGCUACGGCCUGGAGGACUGCUUCUGGACGCCGUCUAAAGGGGAGGGGGAUGGGAAGAAUGAGCACCAAGACUCUUCCUGGAGAUCCCCUAGCGGCCACAACUUUCGAAUUCGGCGCCGUCGGAAAGAAGGGCCCGACGGUCCAGUCACCCUGUGCGUCAUCCGCGGGUGUCUGCGUCUCAGGCAACCCGUGUGUCUGACAGGCUACCAGCGCCCGACCAUCAAAGCGGGAACCCGGUGGAAGUCAACGGAUAGAGGGAGACAGUCCACCGUUUCUUCGGGACCGCGCGACUCGAACACUCGAGUCCGCUCCGAGUCCCACGACCCUUCCGCCGUUAGGGAUGCGUCGAACCAAACUGUGAAACAUCGCAGCACGAACGGCUGUCAACCGGACGGCGGCGCAGAUGGGGCGGCGCACCAAGACGCCACUUGCCCCGCCGAGGAGCCCUUGAGUAUGUAUAUCAGUCUCAGUUUGUACGUCACAGGCGUGCCGCUGAGUGCAGUUCGAACCUCAAUAGCGAACGGGAGUGGUCACCCUGUUCAUAUUUGGCGUCAGGCUCAGGAAUCGAUUGCUGCGAGUCAGAAACCUGGAAGUAUCCCCCUGUCCAACUCAUCGAGCGAUCCACUGUCUCUCGGGGCGCAAGGGGCCCGAGGCGGAGAUAACUCGCGCCAAGCUAGGGGCGAAUCAGAUGCUGCAACUGAAGGCCCGGUUGCUCGAGAGGGCAAGGAACUCAUCAUUAGGGAGGAACAUUGGAGAAAUCACUGCCGACGAGGAGGCGUCUGGAACCCGUGUAGUGCGUUUGUCGUUGAGGACCGCCUACUCCUCUCGGUGCACGCUGGAGACCGCGUUUGGAUGAACGCACAGGAACAAGUCGACGUUGGCUGCGGCGACAGCCGAGGCCACGCUCUGCUCCUCUGCUGCUUCUUCACCGCCUUCGAUCUGAUUCUGCAGACUCAGUGCUCCAAUUACGUGGCCCGCGCACGCCUUUGCGACAGAGGAGUCCAAUACGUGGUCCUGCGUCAAGCUCCGGACCGGAGUGUACAGGUUUGGGAUCCUCUGGAGCCCCGGUGUGUGUUCCUGCCUUCUGCCACAUUCCGCAAGAGGAGGAGGCAGGAGGUGCGGAAGAACGAGUAUGGUCUCAAGGAACGAGAAGGCCUAGCAGUCCCUGACACAGGAUCACCUCGACCGCCUCAGGCUCUCACACCGCUCCAGCAGCAGCAGCUGAUUCAGCAGAACGCCCUACUGAGAGAACAACAGAAUGAUCAGGUUGCAGGGUUGAGGGCGCGACACGAAGGAUUGCUUGAAGGGUCUCAUGAUAAGUUUCUCAAACAGUUCAGCAAGCAGGCCCCAACUCGAAAUACGCAAACUGUCGAAAGGCCCAGUCCUGUUUGCGCCGGUCCGACUGUCACAGCGGGACAAGGAGAGGUCCAGGCGAUCUCAACACGUCAAGACCAGUUGGGUCUGUUUCACAGUCCCGUCCAAAACGCGCCUGCUUGCCCGGCUGAGGAGGCCUCUUCUCAUUCGCUCUGGGAUGGCGCUGGCAUGAACCACGACCUACCUUUCUUGAUCGGAGGAACAUGCGACAACCAGGAGAAAGGUGUGCUGCCUAUCGAGGGCAUUGAUCUAGUCUUCAACAAUGAGAAUGUGCUGACAAAUCUUCAGAGCAUGGAGUGCGUUUCGUCCUCUUCAAAUGGAGCCACACGGCACCGUGGAGCCGAGCUGCCGCAUCCUGCUUCGCUUGCCUGUGCUGCGAUAACUGGUGCAACUGGAUUCCUCAUGGUUCUUCGUUUCCAACGCUGCCUCUUCGGAUAUAUGUCCAGGCGUUUGAAACCUCCUCCGAAAGCCGUCAACCUUUUCGAUAUGUCCUUCGACUUCUCCAACAAGUCGAAAUGGUCUGCGCUCCUGCCACCGCUGCAAAGGCUUAGCAGUUUGAACAACCCGUCAGCAGUGGCUGCAGCCUCGAAGGCCUUCCGUGACUGCCUCCUUCAGAAGAACGACUGCGCCAGCGCUGCAGAAGCAGCGGCGCUUGCGCUUGGCGCGACAAGUCCCGACGCCCUCUUGCGCAUCUCUUUAUUCCCUCCAGUCGGGAUGAUCACUCCGAUGGCGCAGGCCCUCAGGUAUAGGGGCGCAGACUUCGCUCAAGCACGAGCCCUAGAGGGGCCACCGUCGCUGUCGUCGUUCGAGUAUUCGCUUACCCCUGUGGUGUGUAUAGUGGAUGGGUAUGUGCCGCUCGGCUGGGCUGACCUGGAACAACUCGAGGACGCCUCGUUUUUGGCGGCGUCGCUGCUAUCCGCCGUCCACGUGGCGUCCGGAUGA